AUGGACAGCACAAGGACGACGCGACGGCAGACACGCACCCGCACACGUACGGGAUGCAUGACCUGCCGGGCCCGCAAGAUCAAGUGUGACGAGACGGCGACGACUUGCCGCAAUUGCACAAGAGCACAAGUCGACUGCUUGCGGCCGGACGGGGACAAUGCCAGUCUGCAUCAGACGGAGAGGGUGCAGUUGGCGGGCCAGGCUGUCAGCGCGCACAACGGCGACCGCUUCACACAAGCCGGCCUCCAACGGCAACGCGCAAAACGGUCGUGCAAUGCUUGCCGACGAACGAAGAAGCGCUGUGGCGGCGAGCGGCCGCAAUGCGUGCGAUGCACCGACAAGGACGUGUGCUGUGUCUACGACGAGCCCGGGGAGAUUCUUGCCCUCUCGCAAACGACGGCAUCGCCGAUCUCGCCCUUGCCCUCGGUAGACCUCCUCGCAGACAAGGUGAUUGUGCGCCGUCUCUGCGACGCCUUCUUCAACGAAGUCGCCCCUCUACGAUGCUUUGGUUUCUUGCACCGGCACACCUUUCUACAAAAAGUGGACGCGACGGACCACCCACGAGACGAUCCUCUGCUGCUGGCCGUCUGUGCUCUGGCGACUAAGACGAUUGCCAUGAAGGAGUACGAUCUGUGGGACGUCGGCAGCGGAUGGGCCCGCGAGGCCCAGGCAUCUGUUGUGGCGGCACUCGACGACAUGAGCGUCCGCCGGCUCAUGUGCCUGGUGCUGCUGUACGAGCACGCCGCGCGCACGGGCGAGACGCGCCAGUGUUUUCAGCUGUCGGCCCUGGCGUCGCGCAUGACACAGGCGCUGGGUCUGAAUCUGGAGCAUGACGAAGACGUGCUCGACACGUCGCAGAUGUCGGCCGUGUCCCGCGAGUCCCGCCGCCGACUAAUGUGGGCGUGCUAUCUGCUGGACACGAUGCUGGCGUGCGGACUGCGGGACUUGCAGGUGCUGGAGACGGCGAGCCUGCGGAUCCAGCUGCCGUGUGACGAGCGGCAUUUUGUCUACAAGGUGGCGGUGCACACGGCCAUGGUGGACACGACGUUUGCCCCCAGACGGAGCAGCCGGAAAGGCCCCCUACGGUCCACCAACCAGGGCAUCGACGCCUUCUCGGUCCGCCUCUACCUCAUCCGCGACCACGUCCUGCAGUACAUCAACAGCGACACCGACAAGGACGACCCGUGGCGGCUGGUGGCGCUGAUUGCCGAUUUGGAGGCGUGGAAGGACGCGCUGACGCCCGAGCUGCAGUUUACGUCGGAUGUCCUCGCCGUGCGGAAAGACGAGGGCCGGCUGGCGGCGCUGGUGUCGCUGCACGUCCUGUACCACCAAGUCAACUGCCUGCUGUACCGGUGCACGAUUCCGAGCAUGCUCUUCCCGGCCCGCACGCAGACCGGCCUCUCCGUCAAGGCGUCGCCCGAUUUCUUGGCCGAAAGCCGCAAGGGCUGGUUCGGGCACGCGUGCGCCAUGAGCGCCAUCUUCGAAGUGUCCCUGCAGCACCAGCCGCUGUCGAUGACGGACCCGGCGGUGGCGCCGUCGGCGUACAAUGCCAUCAUCAUCAAGUGGCUGUACCUGACCAACUUUGUCAGCAUGGGGGACGAGAAGCAGCACCAGCUGAAUGCCAUACUGCCGCUCGUCGACAUCGACCUCCAGUUCCUGCAAGCACUGGCCAGCUACCACCCGUCGGUCGGCACGAUUGCGAGCGUCGCCGCGCGGCUGGUUGACGAGGCAAAACGAAGGAUUGCUGUCAAUCCGGUCAUCCGUCUCUCCGAAACCGGCGUCCCCGACCAGAACCACAGCGCGACGUCCAUUUCGCCCGACGUCCGCAUGAACCAGCUGUCGACAUUUGCCCGCAUGCGCAAGACGAUUCCCGACGUGCAUGCACCAGACCGGGGUUCGCCGACAUCGUCGCCGGGCCUGAGUACAUACAGCUCGCCACAGUCCGACUGGGCCGGCGAAGAGCGACUCUGGAUCACUCUUGUACAAAGCCGUCACGCCAUCCCGGCUGCCCGGUUUGUCGACGUCAAAGUCCCAGCGGUCGGGCAUCUUCAUACCGGCAUCGAUGUGGUUGUAGACGACGCGCGUCGAAAUGCCGUCGCGGAAGUACCACGGAUCCUCCGUGGCGAGCUGCCACUUUUCAAGGCGCCGGCGGCAGUCCAAAAGAACCUCCUUGUGGGCCUCGUCGUUGGCCAAAUUGUGCACCUCGUCCGGGUCCGCCUCGAGGUCGAACAGUUCUUCCGGGCCGCGCCGGAUGUAGUUGGCAAUCGUGCGCUGGCCGAUCUUGGCCGCCUCGGCAUUGCGCAUGCCCUCCCACGAGACGGCCCCGUACAAGUCCCCGGGGAAGGGGAAAUCGAGCUGCCAGGCCACGUUGCGGUGGUACUUGUACCGGCGGGUGCGCAGGUAGCGGGUCGGGUAGUAGGCCGUGAGCUCGUGGAACGUGUGGGAGCCGAAGACGUGGUCCCAGCCGGGGAGAGCAGCAGACUCGCCCAGAAUCGGCAAGAAGGACCGGCCCUGUCGUUUGCUGCCACCGCCACCGCCGCCAUUGGCGUUCAGCUCCGGAUGGCCCGCCCAGUCCAAGAACGUCGGGAGAAUGUCGACAAAGGACACCAUGUUGGGGUUGACGACGCCCGGCGUGCCGCCCGGCGCGCGCACGAUGAGGGGGAGGUGCACACCCGCGUCGUACAGCGUGCUCUUGGAGUUGACAAACGGCGGGCCAUUGUCGCUCGUGAACAGGACGAGCGUGUCGUUGUCCAGCCCGGCGGCCUCGAGCUCGCCCAGCAGCAGGGCCACGCCCUGGUCCAUGCGCCAGACGGCGCUGUAGUACUCGGCCAGUUCCUGGCGGACUUCGGGGACGUCGGACAGAAAGGAGGGCACGUUGACGGACGCGGGGUCGUACGCCAGGUGGCUGACACGCCGGUAGUCCCCCGAGUUGCCGAACCCGCCGCGCGUGUGGUCGCGGUGCGGGUCGAUGUAGCCGACCGUCAGAAAGAAGGGCUUCUUGUCGGCAUCCGCAUUGACGCUCGCAAAGAACGCCUUGGCGCGCUCGGCCGUCCACGCUACGUCCCGCGUCGCGCUCUCCUCGCGCCAGUGCCACGGGUAGACCGUGUCCGGACCGACGUGCACCUUGUUGAUGAUGCCCGUGGUGUAGCCCAGGUCGUUGAAGAGCUUGGGCGAGCUCUCGACGUGGUCAAACGUGGUGAAGUAGUGCAGGCCGUUGAACCCGCGCAGCAGCCCGAUCUGGCCGUUCUCGUGCGUGUGCAGCCCCGUCUGGAUCACGGACCGGCUGCCGCUGCACGACGCGGUGCUGGCAAAGGCCAUGUCAAAGUAGGUGCCCUGGGCGGCGAGCUUGUCGAGGUUGGGCGUCUUGACACAGGACUCGCCGCAGACGCCCAAGUUGCGGCCGAGAUCGUCGGCGAUGAUGAGGAGGAUGUUUUUCAUGAUGGGCAGACGUGGUCGGGUUGGUUUACUUCCGAGGGGGACUACGACGAGAAGACGACUUGA